ACUCUGAGUAAGAGCUUAAUUGUCCUUUUUUCUCCCAAAAGAAGGGGUAUUUAAAUAGCUAGAUCGCUAAAUUUGUGGGUGGAAUUCUACAGUCUGAACCCUGCGCGCGUCUGGAAGACGCGUUCCAGUGCUGGUGUCUAACCUAUACGCAUAGCGAUGCAGGUGUCUCUGGCGCUCGUCUAUUCAAGCUCUGUGCUGCUGCUGCUGCUGCAGGGCUAUUUCACUUCUGUAAAAGGAUGGAGAGUAUUCCGAAACGAUGCCACAGAAAACAUACCAGAUUACUCCGAGGACACGCAGCCGCCCGAGGAACCGGUACAACUUUCUAAUAAUACGAUGAACCGCUCAAAACACGGAGGAAGGUCGCAAGGAGGGAGGAGUUCGUCCGGUAACGCUGACUCUUACGGUGCGUCAGAACUGAGCUGCCGGGAGCUGCGCUUCACGCGCUACGUCACCGACGGGUCCUGCCGCAGCGCCAAGCCGGUGAAGGAGCUGGUGUGCUCGGGCCAGUGCGUGCCCUCCCACCUGCUCCCCAACUCCAUCCUGCGGGGCAAGUGGUGGCGCGGCGGCGCCCCGGAGUACCGCUGCGUCCCGGCGCACACCCGUGUCCAGCGCGUGCAGCUGCAGUGCCCGCGCGCCCGCCGCCGGACUUACAAAGUGCGCGUGGCCACCUCCUGCAAGUGCAAGCGCUACACCCGCCAGCACAACCAGUCAGAGGCCAGGCCCCCCGCCAGGCCCCGCAGCAGCAGCAGGAAGCGCGCCCGUUUGCCCCAGGGCCAGGGCAGGAACAACAGCCCCGAGGUGCCCAACUCUUACUGAGGGUGCCCCCUGCCACACACACACAAACACACACACAAACACCCACCACACACACACACACACGCACACACACACACACACACACAGUCGACGCCUCUCCUUCAGUGGGAGAAGAGUUGAGUCGCGCAAGCCAAAGGGAGGCUCGUGGCGGACUUCCGGGCCACAUGUGGUGCUCACCGCGCCCGAGGGCUUUCCCCCAGCUUCACUCAUACUUUACCUGCAUGAUCUGUUGAGUCUUGCGUGUUUACAAUGGAGAAUGGGACAGUGUGUGUCUGUUGAGGGCAAAGGGCCAGUCAAGGAGGACGGGUGUUCCAUUGGAAAGAGAGGACUCAUUGAUCCUCCCUGCGGUGCUGCUGAGAAGGUACUUUUAGAAUUCCCUCCUCAGUUCAAACUUAUCUCGUCAUGGAAGGAGGAGCUCCAGUGUCACGGCUGAAAUCAAGUGAGCGCUUCUGCCAGCAAGACCCUGGAGGCAGAGGGUUUUUCCCUUAACAUGUUGUCUGUGGUCCAGUGGAUUGUGAAAGCAUCUUUGCCCUGCCAGUCUUUUCAUUACAUGACCAUUGGAGGUGAGAUCUCUCACGUGUCGUGGCUGGACAAACUCCAGGAAGUGUGACCUCACAGCAGGGCGGGGCGUUUCUCUACGUCUGGCUACAAGGAAGUGUAAGGCGGAUUUCCCAGGAGGCCUCACACUGGUGCGCUCCUGUCGGAGGCAGUGUGGGUCAGACCCUGAGCCGGGACCACUUAGACGAAUGAAUAAAUAAGUUACCGCAGUACCGCACCCACGAGAGCGCACCAAGGCCGGCCUUGCCAGAGGCAAUGAGUAUUACUCGGAGCUGAACUGUGACUCCCUUUAAUAACUAAAUUAUCCCAUUCCAGCAUUUAGGAAGUGAGUCAUCAAAAGCCGUUCCCUCUAAACAUUUCCUGUUUGUGACAAAAGAACAAAAGUGAGUCUUCAGUGACUGGGGUGGUGCAUGGACACUCGGGGUUCUUCUGUGCCUUCCCUGGGUGACCCUGUAGAGUGAACACCACCAUAACUAAUCACGGCCCCCAAUCCACUGCUUGUGACUCAGUGCUUUUUUGAUUCACAAAAAACAUGGAAAUGGAAAAAAAAAGCCUAAAUAAGUCUAAAUGAGUUGUUUGAGAUCUUGUUAAUUUCACACAAGGUGAGCCUCAGUGAAGCGAGAUGCUUUGGCCCACGGUUCUCCCUGCCAUGUCACUGCCCUGCAAUGGACCUGCUUGUAUUUUAGGUGUGCGGGGCCGUUCCUUGGAAAUCGAGAAUGCCUGCGUUUUCCCACAUGUUUUUCGUUAUAGCUUCCUGAUUUGUUUUUUGUAAACAGUGCUGCCAGUGUUUGCUUCUUUUUUUUUUUUGUCAUGUUAGCGGAAUCGCUGUGUUAAGCACUGAUUGUUUGUCAUAGAUUGUACAUACCCCAUCUGUGUGGUCUGCUGGACUGGGUCUCUCACCUGGCAGUUAACCGAAAGGGAGGAAAGGAAACCACUCCAGAGGCUCCAGAGGGACCAUUACAAAGAAUGAAUAUUUAUUGUUUCCUCCUUUUGAAUUAUUUAUGCAACAUUGUGUACUUACGAUAGCUAUUAAUGUCAUAUAAAGGAAAACAAAUG